GAAGAGAAGACGGAGGGGAAAAAAAAAAAAGAAGAGCGGCAGAGGGAAGAAGCCGGCAGAAAGAAGACUGUCCGAGCGGCUGCCGCUGCUGCCGGCGGGGAGCGCCGCGGUGCGCGGUGGCCGGAGCGGGGCGCGGAGCGGCCGCGGGUGCGGACCAUGGGCUGGCGGCUGCUGCCCGCCGUGCUCCUGGCCCUGGCGCUGGGCGGCCCCGCGGCGCGGGCGCAGAACGAAACGGAGCCCAUCGUCCUGGAGGGCAAGUGCCUGGUGGUGUGCGAUUCCAACCCGACCACCGACGCCAAGGGCUCGUCCUCCUCCCCGCUGGGCAUCUCGGUGAGGGCGGCCAACUCGAAGGUCGCCUUCUCGGCGGUCAGGAGCACCAACCACGAGCCCUCCGAGAUGAGCAACAAGACGCGCAUCAUCUACUUCGACCAGAUCCUAGUAAACGUGGGCAAUUUUUUCACGUUGGAAUCUGUCUUUGUGUCACCAAGAAAAGGAAUUUACAGCUUCAGUUUUCACGUGAUUAAAGUCUACCAGAGCCAAACAAUCCAGGUUAACUUGAUGCUCAAUGGGAAGCCAGUCAUCUCUGCUUUUGCUGGGGACAAGGACGUCACUCGUGAAGCUGCCACUAAUGGAGUCCUGCUCUAUCUAGACAAGGAGGAUAAGGUUUACCUGAAGUUGGAGAAAGGUAAUCUGGUUGGUGGAUGGCAGUAUUCUACGUUUUCUGGCUUUCUGGUCUUUCCACUGUAAAGUCAAUUUCCUGUGACGCUUGUCCGGUUGUGGAGUUGUCAUUGCCUCUGUCACAUGAAGAUCAUUCUGUCAUCGUGGGAUUGAUGUUUCCUUAUUGGUUUUUCAUGGGUGAAUAUGGAUUCUCUUUAUGGAUUUUGGCCCCAUCUGAACUACACAGAAGUUUCACAGAAUUUUGUGUGUUUAAAUACAACAUAUUUGGAUUGAGACUAAAGCAGACGAUAAAUACCUGUGCUUAAUGUUAUGGUCUAAAGCUGCCUGCAAAUUUUAUUCAGAUUUCAUUUACUGGACUUAUGGAUUCGUGAGAGAAGUGGAUUUUCCUUAAUUGUGAAACAACUUGGCAACCAGGUCCAUAAUUUAGCAGAAUUUGAGUUCAGACUUCAAUCAAGAGUUAGUGUGUUGCUGCCAAAGAACUGUAUAUUGAUGUGUUGGUCAUACAUGUUUCUGUCCCUGGGACUGAGCUAACAUGAGUUAUUCCAUUGUCUUGAGAAAGGUAAUUAUUUAAGCUAAGUGACUGACUUUAAUUCUCCUCUGCUGUAGUGUGUUGGAUGGUUCACCCAUAUAUUUAUGCUCUGACACUUGCUAUGAUUGCAUCUUGCCUGCAGAAAGCUAAGAGGGUAUGGCUGGAUUUUAGUGGGAUCUGUAAGUUAUUCCUCUUUUCCAAAAACAAGAGCAGCUGAUAACCAUUAAGAAAAAUACUCUUAUCAGGGUUAGAGGUGAUCAUCCAGGCGCGAUUUUCAGAACAGCUUUGCUCUUCAGGAAAUCUCACACUUUUCAAUUUUAAUUAAUGUGAUUGAUAAUAACUGCUAUAUUGAAAACCUGAGGGAUCCCUUCCUUAGACACAGAUGCUUUAUUAGCUGGAAGUGUGUCCCCCGGUUUGUAAUUAUGCCCAUUUUUCAAACCUUCUCUUGUGUUACAGGUAUCAUCUGGCUUUGCCUUAACUCCACGACUGUAUAUAAUUUUAGAUUGUAUGCUUAACAAAUCUGGAAUCCAAAUAGGCAGUACCUCACUUGGUGCAAUAUCUUUUUUGCUUUUUGUACAGGUCAUAUGAAGCUCAUAAAGUCAUUAAUUAUGUCAUUGUUACAUAAUAAAGAUUAAUAUAUGUUAGCUGAAUUUUUGACCUUUGGAUGUUGGAAGUCACGUCACGCUAUUUUUUUAAUUGGAUAUAAUUAUUAUAUGCAAAGUAUGAGCUUUUGGGAUUCACAGAAAGCGCCCUGGGAGGCAGGCGAGCUGUCCUGGUUCAGUCUGGUGGAAUCCUAGAGGUAAUCAGAGUGAUCUAGAAAUAACCUAUGCAUUUUAUUUGAAAGCAAUUAGGCAGAAAUCCUGGCUUUGAGGAAGUUGAUGUUAAGAAUCACAUUGAUUCCAAAGGAUUUUGGAUGAGUUCUAUGCUUCAGGUUUUGCCAUCAGCAUUAAACUCUGGUGCAAUUAAACUGAAUAUCAAUUGACAAUGAUUUUCAUGAGCUGCUAAUGAAAUCUCCCUUCCUCUUGCCCUCCAGUGAUAUGAAGUCUGCUUGUGGCUGAUGGUUGAUGCUUCCAUUACAAUUUUUGAGCAUCGCUGACAGAGAAUUGUGCCCAAAUUCCUAUUUUGUUUUUUGGCUUGGUGUUUUUUGAAUUUCAGAAGGUGAGAUGGGUGCAUUCCUAUAGGACAGGUCAGAUGAGGAGAAGGUGGUUUGGUUGAAACCGUAUCAUCUCUGCACAGAGCACUGCAGUUUGGGUGGAUGUGGAAGGACGUGGCAGGAAGGCAAAUGAUUUACUUCUCUAAAAAAACACAUUUGAAAAUGUCCAUUAUGAGAGAUCAAAAUGUAUCACUGCUACAGCAAAAAAAUGUGUGUAUAUAUAUACAUUAAAAAAAAAUAUCUGUGAUUGCAGCACAUAACAUGCAUGCUAUUUAAAAAAUUUAUUUUCCACAGGAGUUGAUUUCAGAAGGGAACAUCAGCACUUCUCUAUUUUGUAUAAAAUCAGUGAAAUCUGAAAGCUCACUUUACCCAUUGAUAUCUAUGAAAUGUAACUGAAAUGCUGCUCCUGCACAGAUGGAAGAGGAAUGGUACUGAAAGUGUCUGUGUACUUUUUGGAAUGAUCAAAUGUAUCCAACUCCUUCAGUCUGUAAACUUAUGAUCUCUUAAAGCUGCCUUCAGCAAUAAUACUCAGCUCUUAAUAUACUGUUGAUUUCCCCUCGGCAAAACGUUUCCUCUUGCUUCUGAGUUGUUAACAGAUAUUUAAACCUGGGAAAUUAUUCAAUGAAGAGAUGCUCUUUGAUAGAAAUGCCUUACGUUUUUCUCCUCUGCCUCUAAAAUGGCAUUUCCUGCCCAGUUCUGCUGCUGGUGAAGGGGAGAAGCAGGGAGCAGUGGCUGGGAGCAGGCAGGUGAGGUUGUGUGAGGUCACAGCUCCUGGUCAGAGGUCUCAGAAGGAGCAGCAGUGGCUGUCUGACCACGGCUCGAGCUGCCCUG